AUGAUCGAUUCAUUCAAUCAGACUAUCACAAAAACGGACAAUGCGACACUCUCUCAAGACCAAAAUCAAGAUUCCGAUUCAAGUAUCUCGUUGAUCGAGAUCAUAUUAUCGGAUGUACCAUUCUUAGCAUUAGGUUUCUUAGGUCUAACAAUCAUUACUUUUUAUUCAACAUUUAAUCGAUCUAACAAACGUAUCUUAUUGCUCGAAAUAUCAUCUUUGACAGCAUGUUUCGCCUCGUUGCUCAAUCUCAUAGGAAUGUUUUACAAUCAAGAUCAAGUGGCGUUUUUCAAUUUUCAGAAUAUCCAAGAAGAAAGUUUGAGAAGAUUUAUAUUGGGUAUGUUGGGUGUUAAACAGGUUUUGUUGGCUAUAUCAACAGGAACGAAAUUGUUAUACUUUCACAUGUCUUUAGAGAAGAUGCGUAGACAACAAAACCCAUUUUCCGACAACACGAUCGAAUCGGGUGGUGGCGGUAUACGAAAUGAGAAACGGCCUAAAUCAUUCACAGAGAUGAUUCAAGAGGGUAACCGAACAUAUUGCGAUGCCAUGGACGGUAGAGACUCUCAGUGUAUCUUGGGUAAAUUGGCAAGACUGUCUAUCGUCUUGACUAUAUUCACUGUUUUUGUUCUCGACCUCUUUUGGAGGAUAGGUUUCCUAUUUGAUCUCUCCCAGGCAUCCCUAUAUCGACGAAUCAAUAUUGCCGGAUUCUCACUUCAGCUUAUACUUUAUCUGAUAUUCAGCUCUUGUCCUAUCCAUCACUUACUGCAGACUUCCCCGAGUUUUAGGAAGAACGUUCUGAGACAAUACGGCGGAUUGAUCGGAGGAAUAUCUCUGGGCGUGGUAGUGGUCAUUGUAUCUUUGGCCGCUUUGGGUUUCUCAGAAAGAGUGAUAGGUAGAUUGUUCCAGGGUGUUCAGCUGUACGUUUUGAUAACGUCGCAGAUGAUCUUGGAUUUCACUCCUAUUUUCAAUACCAAAUCUGGUUCUGGACCUAUGACCAAUGAUCAGGAUGUGAAUGAUCAUUACAACAGUCAAAAAUCAUUCGAAGUGUUAUCAAUACCCGAUGCAUCUACAUUCCGAGUCUCCCCUCCAUCAAUCAGCACCCCUUCUCUCCACCCUAUUCAAAGCGGAGGAAAGAGGGUAUCUUUCAUACCCACCUUCACUUCCCGUCGACCCUUCUCAAGUAAUCACGAUCAUGAGCUUCCUCGUAAUAUCGACCGAAGAUCCCGUACAUCCGUUUCAUCGAGAAUCAAAACAUGGGUUUUAUCUGGUCACCCAUCUCACUCUCUUCCUCAUUCUGAGGAAGAAGUAGAAGGUAGAUAUUUGACUGUACCAAGUAUCCAACGAUCAUCCAGUUCUACCAAUCAGGAAGGUACUUACGAAACUCAUCAGAAUACAUUCGGGAGAGGGCCAACCCCUCCUCCUAAGUCGAGGAACAGAAUUUCGGGAUCUAUGGAACCUGCUCGUCGAUCUUCUCAAACUAUAUUUAAUACCCUCACUCGAUUCUCUCACGGACAAUUCGACGGGAUUCAAGAUUUGAUAGGUAUAAGACGAACGGCAUCUUCUCCAGGUGCGAGGAAGUUGGUCUUAGGUUCUGAGAUGGGUGAUGGUGAGGGAUUACCUAGUUCAGGUGAUCAAUCGAGAGGUAGUGGAGGAAGUGGAUUAUUAGAUAUGCCUUUGAAUUUCCCUAGACCACCUUCAAGAUCUGCAUCCCUCCCUGGAGUAGGGGUGAAGGAUCCCUUAAUGGAUCUCGAAAGUAUGAAUGUGGAUGAUUUGCCUUUACCCAAUAGACUGUUUGUGAAAGAACAACAGAUCGAAAUGAAAAAUAAGGGACAUGGGAGGAUGAGAUCUGAUAUGACCCAUAUUAACGUGACUAGCUUUAUUGAAGGUGGAUCGUCAAGAAUCGAUAGUAUGAGCUCAAGCAAUCCUUCGAAUCAAGAUCAAUACCAAAGUAUAUCAUCGUUAAUCCAGCCCUCUGACUGGAUGAGAAAGACCUAUCGAUCAGAAUUAUCUCAAGUACCCUCAGCGACCCUGACUCUAUCUUCAGAGGCACCUACUGAGAUCUAUCUACCCAUCCCACCGUCAAAGGCUUUAUCACCAACGACAAGUCGGAGUGGAAGUGGGACUGCAAGUGAAGAAAAUACACCGACAUACUCGAUUCACGAUGUGAGAGAAGCAAAGAUAAGUAGAGUAUUGAUGAGAUCUAAUAGUCAACCUCUACUUUCGACAAAUACUUCCUCGUCAAGCAUUCCAAUCAAAUUUGAAAAUGAUCCUCUUCCUUUCGGGCGACAAAGAUCAAAUAAUUCAAACUUCAAUCUACCAAUGCCUGAAUCACCGACAUUACCUUCUUCUGCGAAUAGUUUUGGAAAUUCUAGUGGUCAGGUCAAAAUGGCAAGAGCAGCUACGACAGGUCAGGAAUGGUACAAAAAGAAAUAUGGAGUCAUAUAG